CUGUUUUGAGACGUUGGAGUGGACAAACUUAUUUUUCCACGAUGCCGGAGGUGUCGGCAAAGGGGACUACUAUUUCCAAGAAAGGGUUCAAGAAAGCAGUCACCAAGACCCAGAAGAAGGAGGGCCGGAAACGUAAGAGAUGCCGCAAGGAGAGUUACUCCAUCUACAUUUAUAAGGUGCUGAAGCAAGUGCACCCGGACACCGGCAUCUCUUCCAAGGCCAUGAGCAUCAUGAACUCCUUCGUGACAGACAUCUUCGAGCGCAUCGCGGGCGAGGCAUCGCGCCUGGCGCAUUACAACAAGCGCUCGACCAUCACGUCCCGGGAGAUCCAGACGGCUGUCCGCCUGCUGCUGCCCGGGGAGCUGGCCAAGCACGCUGUGUCCGAGGGCACCAAGGCGGUCACCAAGUACACCAGCUCCAAGUGAGCCCACAGAGCUCACAACAGACCCAAAGGCUCUUUUCAGAGCCAC